AUGGAGGAAGGCUUGCAUCUGAAAAGGAAGGACCCAGAGCACUUCAACGAAGCUGCAGUGGCAUACUCCUUGCACGGCUUGGCGAACGUGUACUCCAUCAUGAAGGAAGAGGGCUUGGCAGAUGCCUCUUACCAAGAUGCACUCGCCAUGAAGGUGCAUUUCUACGGCCAGAAGUCCAACGAUGUAGCCCGCACGCAGCUGAGAUACGCUGAGUCCUUGGGCUCAGACAGAAAGAGCCUGAUGCUGGCAACAAGCCUUCUGGAUGAAGCGCUUGGUGUGUUCAAGCUCUUUCUCAGCGAGGACCAGUUUGAGGUUCAGCUGGCGCAGGAGUUGUUUUCCAAGAAGCUGCAGCAGCUGCAGGUCCUGCCGGAGCCGCUUCAAGCUUCCCCAUCGCUGCUGCUGACGCUGCUGAGUGGAUUUCUACAUCCUUGGCACGUUGGUGGGCCUGAAAGUCGCUUCUACAAGACGCUGAAUGACGCCCCUGGCGGGACUAAGGAGUUCAUGCAGGUGUUCCAGCCUUCGCUGCCAUUCCGAGAGAGAUUUCUGGAGAAUCUGGGGCCGCGGUUUGCAGAACACGCGCGGCAGUUUGCGCGAGACGGCCUGCUGAUUGUUCCAGGGUACAUCACAAAUUUGGCCUGCUGGGACAAGUGGUACACCAGCACCAUGAAUCGAGUUGGUUCUUACCAGCGCGACUUGCACAUGAAAACAUUCACGGCAACAAGCCAUGAGCGGGUCGAGAUCUGCGAAGAAGUUUUGCGCUGCAUUGCCGAUCCAUACUUGCUCGCGCUGAUCACCUUUGCAGCCGGCGGGUUGGUCAAACUGUCAGAUUUCCGCGCAGCCACUACCUUUCCUGGCCCGGAGGUGCUGUUCCGUGCGUGGAAGUGGCACCGAGAUGGCGGAAAAGAACCGGAGUGGAAGAUCAUGGUCCUCUUGGAUGAUGUGCGACCAGGUGGGAGCGAGAUGCACUACUUGAAGCAGUCCAUGCGCUGUUGGAAAGGGCUCAGGCAGAAAGAUGCCAACUUCUCCAUGGAUGACGCUUUGAGCAUAGCAGCUGCAGGAAGUUCGGCUCUGCCGCCAAUAACUCGAUGCUUCGGCAGAGCUGGCACGGAUAACCUUCCCACUCACAGUUUGCGCAGCGAAGGGUCGUUACCUUCCGUUUCAAGCGAAACAUUCCACACCUCGCCCGCUUGUACCCUUUGGACCUUGUCCGAAAGGAUCAUUUGCCCAAACCGGAUUCCUGGGCUGCCUCGGUCCUUUUACGCGGAGGUGGUGAGUCGUGGCCGGACAAAGGCGAGGAGGAGUGCAUAA